AUGAGGCCGGUUGGAGAGGUGGAGUACAUCGAGACCAUCGCUUCGGAAAGCGCCACCGGCAGCCACGGCCCCACCAAAGCCGCCGCAGCCAUCAUUGGGUACGCAGACCUGAAACUGGGAGAGCAGGCGCGGCCGGUGCUGGAAGCGAUGCGGGAGGCAAGCCCGAACCGCUUUCGGGGUGUGCGGCACGCAACCGGCUGGGACGAAAGCCCGGAAUUAGCGAACCGGGAUAUUAGGGGAGCCUUGUCCACUGAGGGUUAUCGGGCUGGAGCUAAAGUUCUGGCUGAUAUGGGGUUGGUGCUGGAAAACUCGCUGUACUUUCAUCAGCUGCCCGAGUUGGCGGAAUUUGCCCGGUCGGUCCCCAAUCUCACUAUUGUCCUGAACCACAUCGGCGGCCUGGUGCGUGUGGGUCCAUACGCCAACCGGGACGACGAAGUUCUUCCGGCGUGGCGUCAAGGAGUAGCGGAAGCCGCCCAGUGCCCCAACAUAGUCAUGAAGUUGGGUGGUGUGGGUCAGUUGCGUUACGGAUACUCCUGGCACGACCGGGAUAUUCCCAUCGGCUCGGAAGAACUGGCGGGGACCCUGGGGCCGCUCAUGGAGCACUGUAUCCAGCAGUUUGGGCCAGACCGUGGUUAUUCGGCCGGGGAACGCGCGGCCCUGUUCCACGACACCGCAGCGCGCGUGUACAACAUCAGCGAUUGA